CACUAAGCUCUCCUUUUUUCUUCUCAUUUCUCUUUAAAUCUUCUCUCGAUCUUCUUCCGUGUUGGAUUUGCCGUCUAAAGUUUCUGACUUUCCGACGAGGAAGUAAGAAAGAAGAUCAAAGUAAUAACAAGCGAAUUGCUCUCAUCUCGAUGGGUUGUUUCGGAAGCAGUAAGAAAUCGAGCAAACGAUCUGAGAGGAACCACCACAAGGAUGCUUCGAAAAUCAGGAAGACCCUCGCUGGUACAAGCGAUCAGACUCAACUCUGCUCAGAUUCCACAAAAGUUAGCCCAUACCGAGAUGUAAACAAGGAAGGUGGUGUUGUUGUUGGUAAGGAGGAGGAUCAGUUAGCUCUCGACGUGAAGGGUUUGAAUUUAGACGACCAACCCACAGGGAAGAAAGCGCAGACCUUUACAUUCGAGGAGCUUAAGGUUGCAACAGGGAACUUUAGGUCGGAUUGUUUUCUCGGUGAAGGUGGUUUUGGUAAAGUUUUCAAGGGAAAUUUAGAGAAACUCGAUCAGGUUGUUGCAAUCAAGCAACUUGACCGUAAUGGUGCUCAAGGAAUCAGGGAGUUUGCGGUUGAGGUGUUGACGCUUAGUCUUGCUGACCAUCCCAAUCUCGUGAAGCUUAUUGGGUUUUGCGCUGAGGGUGAUCAGAGACUGUUGGUCUACGAGUACAUGCCGCUAGGAUCUCUCGAAGAUCAUCUACAUGAUCUUCCUUUUGGUAAAAAGCCACUUGAUUGGAACACUCGGAUGAAGAUAGCAGCUGGUGCAGCAAGAGGGCUAGAGUAUCUGCAUGAUAGAAUGAAACCCCCUGUGAUCUACCGUGAUCUCAAAGGCUCGAACAUCUUGCUCGGUGAAGACUAUCAGCCAAAGCUGUCAGACUUUGGGUUGGCUAAAGUUGGACCAAGCGGGGAUAACACCCAUGUCUCCACUAGGGUUAUGGGAACUUACGGAUACUGUGCUCCCGACUAUGCUAUGACGGGUCAGCUCACGUUUAAAUCCGAUAUCUACAGUUUUGGUGUAGUCCUUCUUGAGCUUAUCACCGGAAGGAAAGCGAUUGACAGUACAAAAGAUCGUAAAGAUCAAAACUUGGUCGGAUGGGCACGACCGUUGUUCAAAGACAGGAGGAACUUCCCGAAAAUGGUUGACCCGUUGCUUCAGGGACAGUACCCUGUCAGAGGACUGUACCAAGCGCUUGCAAUUGCAGCAAUGUGCGUUCAAGAGCAGCCGAACAUGAGGCCUGUUGUAUCCGACGUGGUCUUGGCCCUCAACUUUUUAGCCGCUUCUAAAUACGAUCCGAAUAGUCCUAGCAGCAGCAGCAGGAGAAGGAACACUUCUUUUCACAGAGAUGGAGAUGAUGAAGAGAAAAGACCAGACUUACUCAAGGAAACAGAAUCUGAAGUGAGGAUGAUGAACACCAGGAGAGGAGUUUUCCCGGUGUCGGAGUACUGGAUCCACGCGAUUCCCGUGAUCAUCUUCCUCUGUUUCUUCACACUCUGGUUCUUCUCCCACUCAGUGAGCUUGGACGAGAACAGUGGAGAGAUAAUUUCAGUGCGUCUCCUCGAGAAAAAAUCCAUGGCGGCAGUGAGAAACGAGUCUCACGUGAGUUUGGCGGUUCUUGCUUCCUCCGCGGUGUCACCAGUCGUCUCUGCCAACGUUACUCUCGCCGCUCAUCGCAACGAAACGCAACCUCGCAAUGCAACCGACACGCGUGAGCUUCGUAAACGGGAAGAGAUAAAGGCGAAAGGGAAGGAGAAGAAGAAGAAAGGUAGAAAAGAGAAGAUGGAGAAAGAUGUCAACAAGUCCAAAUCGGUGAAGAAGGCAAAGAAGUCACUCGUCGGUUAACACUUUCACUUGCGU